AUGCCCAUCUUCCAGGACCCAGAUCGGGUGCUUUCAUCCCGCCAGCCCUGGCUCGAAGAGGAGCCCAGCAGCGGUGACGAUGACGACCGGGAGUCAUCUCUAUCACGAAAUUGGAAGGAAACAGAGACGAUGGACGUGGAUAUGAGUGGCACUUCUCCGGCAGAUCGCGAGACGAGCAACUACAGUCCGUCUCAUCGGCAGACCAGUGACCGUGGGGAGCUCAUUCAGUCUAUCAAGCGGGGGGAGAACCCAACUUGGGUUCCAAAUCGAUCGCUAGGAGGCUAUGUCGCCAAUCACCGUCGUUCCUCUCAAUCAUGGGUCCAAGCACUGCAAAAAUCGGAGAAUUCUCCGCCACAAGACCAUGAAGCUGAUUUGAAGGCUGAGAAGAAAGAACCCUUAGCCUCCGCGGCAGAGAUUGAGCGUCCGCGGUCCGCUCUCCAUUCAGGAGACUUCAGAGAGGGCUCAUCUCACUCAGACAGUCGAGACACAUCCCAUCGAGUCUUUGACAGUCAGCACGAGCCUCCAGAUUUCAGACGCUUCGGCUCCUCGCCCACGACGCCAUGGUAUAACCAUUCUUUCUCAUCUCCUUAUUCCAUCAAAGGAAUCGAGACAAGCCCACUAGCCGGACAAUCCGUUGUGCCAGUGUCCCGGUCGCGAGCACCUUCCAUGGGGUCAUUUUCGUCCAGCUAUGUUCUCAAAGCGCCUACGAGUCCGCUCGUCCAUCAAGCGAACAACACGGACCUCGAUUUCUCGCCCAAGGUUGACAAGAUGGAUCUCUCGACCAGUCCGGAGAAAAGUAAUCGUCGUCGAACCUUGCCCCCAGAGACCUUCCGGCAGUUACAGGGCUCCCCGCCGAGUCACUCUCGAGGUAUGACCUUGAGUCGGUCGUACGCAUCAGGAAGGCGAGAUGAUGCUUUCCAUUACCAAGCUCAUCAGCCACGGAGGUCGUUGACGUCGACGUACAGCCUCCAAUUGGCGUCUUCCCCUCAAACGCCGAUUCGGCCCCGGUGGCCUUCAUUUGCGUCGGAUCUAUCUCCGCUGCUCCAUGCUCCGAUGGUUGGCUCCUACGAAGAAUCCAUUCUCCGUGGCAGAAUGUCAACCACACCCUCAAAGCCACUCGAUUUCACCGCACAGAUCGGCGUCCUGGGCAAGGGGAAGUGUAAACCAAACUUGAGGUGCCCGCCUCAUGUUACCGUGCCCUUUCCUGCUGUCUUCUACAGCUAUCCGACCUCAGGGAACGGCCGAUCUAUUUCUGAUGACAGCCCUAGCCCUUAUGUGGGCUUGAUUGACCUGGAGAACUCACUCCCACCGGAUGUUUCGAGCGAGGAACGACGCCGUCAGCGGCAGAGCCCGCAAGAUGAUCGUCUCGAUGCUAGCUCGGAUGAUCCAGCAUAUCUGCAUGCCAGACCCACCGGAUCCAAUGACCAUCGCAAGCGCGAAAAGAAGUCAAGUCGGACAGAUUCACCGAAGGCUCCCCCGGGGGGUUGCUACCGAAUCCCCCAGAAGGGUCAAUUGCAGAUUGUGAUUAAAAAUCCAAACAAGACCGCUGUUAAGCUUUUCCUGGUUCCCUACGACCUCGAAGGCAUGGAGCCAGGGACAAAAACGUUCAUCCGGCAGAGGAGUUAUUCGGCGGGCCCGAUCAUCGAUAUGCCGUUGUCGGCGCGAAAGAAUCUGGGCACGGACCGCCCCGAAGCGUCGUUGAACGCGUCCGAGGAUCCCAAGGACAAACCGGUUCUGAGGUAUUUGAUACAUUUGAACAUCUGCUGUCCGGCCAAAGGCCGCUUCUACCUCUAUUCGACCAUCCGGGUCGUCUUUGCCAACCGGGUUCCCGAUGGCAAGGAGAAGCUCCGCAACGAGAUUCAGUAUCCCGAACCGCGGUACAGCCCUUAUAAACCGACGAAGGAGACAUCCAGCAGCAGUUCUGCAUCCCGGUCGGCGCUCGAAAAGGCAUUUCGUAGACGCAGCGGAGGACUCGGCUUCCCUGGAAGUAACCCUCUCGGAGACACCAUGACCCAUGUGCCGUCUCCGUAUCCUCACCAUUUUCCGUCUAGCUCCUCCGCCUCCAAGAUGGCGGCAAUUCCUUUUCCGCUGUCGUCUGGAUCGAGUGAAAAAGGAACAUCUGCCCUCGAAGACCAUAGUUCUGCAAAGGCUGGGGAGCCCUGGCGGAAGGAAAACACCCCGCUGUCUGAAGCAUCUCAUCCGGAAAUUCCUCACUCGGAAAGGACCGGGGAGCUGUACAGCAAACUCAGCAAAGGAGAUGCAGGCUACGGUGGAGGCUAUCCAUUCGGGUCUGCGUCUAGCGGUUUCGAGACAGGAGGAGGAGAAAGCUUGCUGGCCAAGAAAUUGAAGGAUUGGACAUGCAAAAACAAGGACGUAUAG